ACACCGCGGGGUCCCGGGCGGCGCGCGCUCACUAUCCUCCUCGGCUCCGGGAUGAUUGGCCAGAAGACCCUCUACUCCUUCUUCACCCCGAACCCCGCCGGGAAACGACGUGCCCGCAGCCCCGAGCCGGUCGACCCCGGGACCGGCGUGGCGGCGGUAGCUGAGGAGAGCGGGGAUGCGGCGGCCAGCCCCGCCAAGAAGGCCCGGGCCGGGCAGGAGGACCCCAGCACGCCGCCCACCUCGCCGCUGAGCCCCGAACAGUUGGUCCGCAUCCAGAGGAACAAGGCCGCCGCCCUGCUCAGGCUCGCCGCGCGCAACGUGCCGGUGGGUUUCGGGGAGAGUUGGAAGAAGCAGCUCAGCGCAGAGUUUGGGAAACCGUAUUUCAUAAAGCUCAUGGGAUUUGUUGCAGAAGAAAGAAAACAUUACACUGUUUAUCCACCCCCACACCAAGUCUUCACCUGGACCCAAAUGUGUGACAUAAGACAAGUGAAGGUUGUCAUCCUGGGACAGGAUCCAUACCACGGACCCAAUCAAGCCCACGGGCUCUGCUUCAGCGUUCAAAGGCCCGUUCCACCGCCACCCAGUUUGGAAAACAUUUAUAAAGAGCUGUCUACAGACAUAGAUGGUUUUGUGCAUCCUGGUCACGGAGAUUUAUCUGGAUGGGCCAAACAAGGUGUUCUCCUACUCAACGCAGUCCUCACCGUCCGGGCACAUCAGCCUAAUUCGCAUAAGGAGAGAGGGUGGGAGCAGUUUACCGACUCGGUCGUGUCCUGGCUAAAUCAGAACUCCAGCGGCCUGGUCUUCCUGCUGUGGGGCUCAUAUGCCCAGAAGAAGGGCAGUGCCAUCGAUAGGAAACGCCACCACGUGCUGCAGACUGCUCACCCCUCCCCACUGUCGGUGUACAGGGGCUUCUUUGGAUGUAGACACUUCUCUAGAACCAAUGAGUUGCUGCAGAAGUCUGGCAAGGAGCCCAUCAACUGGAAGGAUCUGUGACCCUGAACUGGGGCAGGUGGCUGUCCCCAGGCGGUUUUCUGGAAGCGGCUAUUGGAGUUAUUUUGCCAAGAGUGGCAGCAAAGGCUGUACCCUGGGACCCCGUGUCUUUGCAACAUGGCUUUGGCCUAAAAUAUACUGUCACAGUAUUUGGGAGAGGGAGGAGGUCGAAUACUCCAGACUCCUCUCUCUGUCCCUGUUAGGGUAAAAGGGGACAGGGGACAGAGCACCUUUGGGUACAGCCCACUGCUACUUGUUUUUACCUGGCAGGUUAGACUUUAGGUUGUAAGGUAUUAGGUGUUUAUUUAGCAAGGCCCUCCUUUGCCCAGCUUGGCGUUCCCGUUCUUGGCCAAGUACACUGCUCCCUGGAGCCUCCUGCCAGCCCCAAGGCCCCUCCCUCCUUGGAGGAAACAGGACAAGCUGCAUGUGCCCAGGAAUUUGGGGCUGAAAAUGCCUGAUCUCCGAGCCUUCCCAGAUAGGGAGAGGGAAGUGAGCUGGGCCUUGUUUCUAGUCAUUCCCUGGGUGUUCCUAGGAAUAAACGGUGCAGGUUGAACUGGAAGAAAGAGAAAGGGGAGGUUUUUUUUUUUAAGAGAGGAAGUGCUUUUCUCAGAACCCUGGUGUCUCCUGAGUUAGGGGUUUUAAGGCAGCACAGACUGCUAAUUGCUGUUUUUUAUGGACUGAAAUCACAUGGAGAUUUUUUUUCCAACACUGGUGAAUUUUGCUGUUUUACUUCUGCAGAUGUAUAUGUGUAUAUAUUUUUUAAGCCUUUGUGGGGGAGACAAUCUUUUAUUAGGUCUGCACCUCUGUCCUACACCCUGUUAGAGAUGCUGUUGAUAUGUUAGUGUUGGGGGAGGUUAGCCCCGAGUGAGUUUGGAAAUAAAAAGAUUGUUUCACUCCA